UUUACAACAAUAUCAUAUUAUUGUAAAUUAAUAUUAGUGUAUUUCUCUAAAUCUUCCCUAAUUAUAAUAUAAUUACAAUAGAAAUUUAGGUUUUCUAGAUGAUUUUGCGAAGGUGGGAUCCUGGUAUUGGCAAAGAUGAAUGCGAUGGAGGGGACAAGGCUUAUUACGACAAUCACGGUGAAAGGCACCGGAGAUUGUCUCCAGAUCAUGGUGAAAGGCACCGGAGAUUGGAUCUAGAUAUUGUGGGCACGGGAGAAGGGAUUCUCGGGAAUUUAAGGAAACUAAGGAUUAUGGAUGAUUGGGGCCUGAUUUCGAUCAUCAUUACGAAAUCGCAGAUCUCUGAAGAGUCUGGUUUUGUGGUUGUACUCUUAUGGUUCUUGACGUGGGAAUUGAUGACGGCUCCUGGUGUUGGACCUAGGCACAUUAUGGUUUCUAUUUGGUUACUUCUAGUGGUGUUGGAUCAUGGUUAUAGGUGGAGAAGGAGCGCUCUGCAUCAGAAGGAGCAAACGGGGUGCGGAUUGGCUCUAUCGAGUAUAUACAUCCGACGGCGUACGUGGUUUUCUUUGGUACUGUGGUUGCAGUGGCUGCUUUUGGUCUUUAUUUGGUGGAAGGCGGGAAAGAUCAGGUCAUAUUUUGGCGUUGUGAUUAUAGAUUUUGUUGUUCGAAGUUAUACACAAAUGUGGUAUGUAUAUAUGCUGGCUCUAAGUGUAUUAUUAGGCAAUUGGAGACAAUUAAACGAUUUUCUCGUUGGUAAUAAUUUGGAAUCUGGGAUGUGGUACUGGCUAAUAGAAAUGAAACUUGAAGUUUAUACAUAA